CGCGCCUGGCCUGCAGAUUGGAACCCGAGGACAUCACCGCGGAGCAGUGAUUCCUAUUGGCUGAUUCAGGCAGGGUUCCAUUGUGGACGUCACAAUGCGGAAGUUGGACAAUGAGCUUCAGACUAAAACUUCCUCCUCUGUCCAACAUCUCUGAAUAUUAGAAGAGGAGGGUUUAUAAUCAGAAAUCUCAAACCAAACGUCAUGUCAAGAUCUGACAGAGUCAAUCGAUUCGUCAGGACCUGAAUAUCAUCGGUAAUUGAAUCUAGAAGGAGAAAUGUUUGUCUGUUCUGUCUGCUUGAAAAGAUUUGAAAUGUCAGUUUGACUGCAAAAGCACCGAGACACACACACACCCGAGUGAGAGUGUUCCAGUGCACUGACUGUGGAAAGAGCUUUACCCAGUGACGCAACUUGAAAAAUCAUCGCACCUUUCACAGCAGGGAGACACCAUACACGUGUUGUGUGUGUGGAUGAGCCUUCAGCUUCAGGAGUUCAAGAAGGCAGCUCACCACCACGUUGUGAAGGGCAAUGAGGGAUGGGCAAUAAAUGCUGGCUGAGGCAGCGACGCCCACAUUCCAUCAAUGAAUAAAAAAAAUUGUCAAACCUGGAGAGAUACAAAGGGCACCCGCACCAUAGCGAAACCAUGGAAAUGUGUGAACUGUGGGAAAGGAUACAGAUCUCCAUCUCAGCUGGAAAUUCAUCAACACAGUCACACCGGGGAGAGGCCAUUCACCUGCUUAGAGUGCGGGAAGGGAUUCACUCAUUCAUCCUCCCUGCUGAGACACCAGCGCAUCCACACCGGGGAGAGGCCGUUCACCUGCUCUGAGUGUGGGAAGGCAUUUAGUACUUCAUUUGACCUGGUGACGCACCAGCGAAUUCACACAGGGGAGAGGCCAUUCACCUGCUCUGAGUGUGGGAAGGCAUUCAGUCAGUCAUCUCACUUGAAGACACACCAGCGAGUUCACUCUGGGGGGAGGCCAGUCAUCUGCUCUGAGUGUGGGAAGGAAUUCACUGCCUUGUCACACCUGCAGGUACACCAGCGAGUUCACACUGGGGACAAGCCCUUUACCUGCUCUGAUUGUGGGAAGAGAUUCACUCAGUUAUGUAACCUGCAGACACACCAACGGGUUCACACUGGAGAAAGGCCAUUCACCUGCUCUCAGUGUGGGAAGAAAUUCACUCAGUCAUCCACUCUGCUGACUCACCAGCGGGUUCACACUGGGGAGAGGCCGUUCACCUGCUUUGAGUGUGGAAAUGGAUUUGCUCAUUCAUCGCACUUGCUGAGACACCAGCGAAUUCACACUGGGGAGAGGCCGUUCACCUGCUCUGAUUGUGGGAAGGGAUUCACUCGGUCAACCUACUUGCUGAGUCACCAGCAAGUUCACAAGUGAUUGUGGGGGUUGGAUUCUGUUGUUAUUGCUCCUGUUAAUCACAUCCAGGACUGAACCAUGUUCAUUCUGACACUUGGUGAAGUGGGAGGGUUGGAGGGUUUCUUUCUGCUGGAUUGGCCGAUCUCACAACUUUGCUUCCAGUGGCUGAUGCUCUUUGAGCCUGGGAGUGCACAUUUCCACUGAAAUGAUCUACAAAAGCUGAUGAAGUACAUUUAUUUUAUCCUGGGUAGUAAAUAAUAUUUUUCCUACCACUACUGUUAGAUCUAAAAUGAAUACAUUUAUCUCAAUUCCAUUGAGUCUACAGCACAGGGCCAGGCCAGUCGGCUCAAUUGGUCUCUGUCAGUAUUUAUGCUCCACAUGAGCCUCCACCCACCCCUCUUCAUCUCCCCCCAUUAGCAUAUCCUUCUAUUCCUUUCUCCCUCAUGUAUGUAUCUAGCUUCGCUUUAAAUAUAUUCAUGCUAUUCACCUCAACCACUCACUGUGGUAGUGAGUUCCACACUCUCACCAUUCACUGGGUAAUGAGGUUUCUCAUGAAAUCCUGAUUGGAUUAUUUAACCCCUUCAUCAUCUUAAAGAUUUCUAUCAGAUCACCCUUCAGUCUUCUCUUUUCUAGAGAAAAGCAGCCCCAGCCUUUCCUGAGGGUUAAAUGCUCUCAUUUCUGGUAUUCCCCUUGUGAAUCUUUGUUGCCCUUUCUCCAGUGCCUCUAUUUCCUUUUUCUAAAUGGAGAUCACAAAUGUUGACAGUACUCCCAGUGUAGUUUAACCAUGGUUCGAAACAAGUUGAACAUAACCUCCCUGCUUUUCAAUUCUACCCCUCGAGAAUGGAACUCUAUAUCUGGGCCCCACACUUGAGGAAAGAUGUGAAGUUCUUAGAGAGGGAGCAGAGGAGAUUUACGAGAAUGGCACCAGGGAUGAGGGACUUCAGUUAGUUGGAGAGACAGGAGUAGCUGAACUUGUUCUUUUUAGAUCACAGAGUCAUUAGGGUAGAGAAGGAAUCCAUUCAGCCCAUCGUGUCAGUGCCGGCUCACUGCAGAGCAAACCAGUCAGUCCCAUUGCCUCAUUCUAUCCCUGUCACACUGAAAAUUUAUUUCCCUCGUGCCCAUCCAAUUUCCUUUUGAAACCGUUCUUUGUCUCUGCUUCCACGCACCUCGCAGACAGCGAGUUCCAGGUCAUCACCACUCACUGUGUAAAAACGUUCCUCCUAAUUUCCCCCCCAUGUCUUUUCAUUUUCAUUCUUUCAUGGGAUGUUGGUGUCAUUGGCUGGGCCAGCAUUUAUUGCCCAUCCCUAAUUGCCCUUGAGAAGCUGGUGUUGAGCUGCAUUCUUGAACCGCUGCAGUCCACGUGGUGUAGGUACACCCACAGUACUGUUAGGGAGGAAUUCCAGGAUUUGACUCAGCGAUAGUGAAGAUAUACCCACAGCGAUGUAGAUAUAUCUCCUGUAUAAAACUUUAAAUCUGUGUCCCUCACGUCCUUGUAUCAUCAGUGAAUGGGAACAGCUUUUCUCUGUCCUCCUUAUCUAAACCUGUCAUAAUCUUGUACACCUCUGUCAAA